ACCACAGAUAACUGGCCUGCCCAGCACGGCAGGGGUCAAUUUGGUCCACUUGCCCGGUGACAAGGAGAUGGAGAAAAAAAAGUGGGCUGUAACUUAAAGAUCUUAAGACUCACAAGAGAGGGGCUGGUCUGGAGGUGGGAGGAGGGAGGAGCAAGGGGAUUGUGGGGGGGGAACUGAGGAAGUGUCCUGGCUGGGACAGAAGCAGGGCAGGAGAGGGUGGACAAGUGACUGCAGGGCAGAGGUAUCCUCCAGGCUCUGGCGGGUCCAGAGACGACUCCCACUGAGUGCUGGGAAGGGCUCCGGCCCCUUCAGCCCUCUUGCCCCCCCGAGGCUCCAGCCAGAAGUUUAAGGUGCUUGCAGAGCUGGUGACAGCCACAGAGCUGGUGCCCCGGGGACCCCCUGCCCGUCUUCUCUCCCCAGCAUGGAGGAAGGUGGUGAUUUCUACAACUACUAUGGGACCGACAACCAGUCUGAGUGUGAGUACACGGACUGGAAAUCCUCAGGGGACCUCAUCCCGGCCAUCUACAUGCUGGUCUUCCUCCUGGGCACCACGGGCAAUGGUCUGGUGCUCUGGACCGUGUUCCGAACCAGCCGGGAGAAGAGGCGCUCAGCUGACAUCUUCAUCGCCAGCCUGGCGGUGGCUGACCUGACCUUUGUGGUGACGCUGCCCCUGUGGGCCACCUACACGUACCGGGGGUACGACUGGCCUUUCGGGACCUUCUCCUGCAAGCUCAGCAGUUAUCUCGUCUUCGUCAACAUGUAUGCCAGCGUCUUCUGCCUCACCGGCCUCAGCUUCGACCGCUACCUGGCCAUCGUGAGGCCAGUGGCCAACGCCCGGCUGAGGCUGCGGGUCAGCGGGGCCGUGGCCACGGCGGUCCUGUGGGUGCUGGCCGCCCUCCUGGCCAUGCCCGUCAUGGUGUUCCGCUCCACGGGGGAGCUGGAUAACAACACCAAGGUGCAGUGCUACAUGGACUACUCCGUGGUGGCGACCUCGAGCUCCGAGUGGGCCUGGGAGGUGGGCCUGGGGGUCUCGUCCACCGCCGUGGGCUUCGUGGUGCCCUUCGCCGUCAUGCUCACCUGCUACUUCUUCAUCGCCCAGACCAUCGCCGGCCACUUCCGCAAGGAGCGCAUCGAGGGGCUGCGGAAACGCCGCCGUCUGCUGAGCAUCAUCGUGGUGCUGGUGGUGACCUUCGCCUUGUGCUGGACGCCCUACCACCUGGUCAAGACACUCUACAUGCUGGGCAGCCUGCUGCACUGGCCCUGCGACUUCGACAUCUUCCUCAUGAAUGUCUUCCCCUACUGCACCUGCGUCAGCUACGUCAACAGCUGCCUUAACCCCUUCCUCUAUGCUUUCUUCGACCCCCGCUUCCGCCAAGCCUGCACCUCCAUGCUCUGCUGCGGCCAGGCCCAGUGCGGGGCCACCCCCCACAGCAGCAGCGGGGAGAAGUCGGCCAGCUACUCCUCGGGCCACAGCCAGGGGCCCAGCCCCAACAUGGGCAAGGGUGGGGAGCAGAUGCAUGAGAAAUCCAUUCCCUACAGCCAGGAGACCCUCGUGGUUGACUAGGGCUGGGAGCGGAGAGAAGCCUGGCGCCCUCGGCUCCCCGCAGCCUCUGCCUUUGCUUUCAGAAAAUCAGAGCCAUUGUUUCUGCCCAGGGCUGUCCUCAGAGCAGCCCAUCAAGGCUAGAGGAGAUUCUAGAAGGGAGGAGGGUGUCCCUCCGAGGCCCCCCUGGGUGACUUGCACAGACUUCCUGCCCAGAACUGUCCGUGGUCUGGUACAGAAGGAGGAGGAGGUUGCUUGCCUGUUGUGACACUCCCUCAACCCCUCAGCCCCUUCUCCAGAAUGUCUGCGCUAUCUUCUGACCCUGUAGUCGCUGCGAUUCAUCAAAUAAAACUGUUUUGUGUAACUGUCGUGUCCAA